CUCCGCUUCCUUUCCUCUCGGCGAGACCCGCAGCCAUGGGCCGCCGACCCGCGCGCUGUUACCGAUACUGCAAGAACAAGCCCUAUCCAAAAUCCCGUUUCUGCAGGGGUGUUCCUGAUGCCAAGAUCAGGAUCUUUGACCUGGGCAGGAAGAAAGCCAAGGUCGAUGAGUUCCCGCUCUGCGGGCACAUGGUGUCUGAUGAAUAUGAACAGCUGUCCUCUGAAGCUCUCGAAGCCGCCCGCAUCUGUGCCAACAAGUACAUGGUGAAGAGCUGUGGCAAGGAUGGCUUCCACAUCCGGGUGCGCCUCCACCCCUUCCACGUCAUCCGAAUCAACAAGAUGUUGUCAUGUGCCGGAGCCGAUAGGCUCCAGACUGGAAUGCGUGGAGCUUUUGGCAAGCCUCAGGGCACCGUGGCACGCGUGCACAUCGGCCAGGUCAUCAUGUCUAUUCGCACCAAGGUGCAGAACAAGGAGCAUGUCAUCGAGGCGCUACGCAGGGCCAAGUUCAAGUUCCCUGGUCGUCAAAAGAUCCACAUCUCCAAGAAAUGGGGCUUCACCAAAUUCAACGCUGACGAGUUUGAGGAUAUGGUGGCUGAGAAGCGCCUCAUCCCAGAUGGGUGUGGAGUCAAAUACAUCCCCAGCAGGGGCCCCUUGGACAAGUGGCGUGCUCUGCAUGCGGCAUGAAGGGCUGAGGCCUCCCUUCAGCCCCACUGCUCAGCUGUUGCCUGGAAAUAUGUUUAAUUAAAAAAAAACAUUGCUGGUA